CGAGGGCGCGGGAGGCAAGUCAGUUGAGAGAGCCGAGCCGCAGCUGCCAGACCUGCAUCCGGUAGUGUGCACACACGCGGACGGACUGUAAACAGGGUUUUCUAGACUGUGUGUCUGCAGGCCCUGACCACCUUUUGUCUCCUCACUCCAGACCCAAAGCCUUCCACGACCAGUGAUUACGUAACAAAAGUUCUGUGAUAUUCUAACUGUGAUUGUCGUCAUGGCGCCAGUGCCAGAGGAGUGCCUCGCGAUGGUGCCACCCCAAGAGCAAGCCCCGCAGACGUCGCCGCUGGAGCUGACGGCGCUGCCCGAGGCGAGCGAGGUCGCCGAGCCCCUGGAGGCGCCGGCCGAGCUGCCUCCGUCGGGUCGCGUCCGCCUCCCGGCGCAGGUGAGCCUCCCGCCGGAGCUGGCCGCCAAGCUGGAGCGCCAGGACUCGUGCGAGAGCGUGGGCAGUCUGGAGGAAGAGGGCAUCCAGGCCGACGAAGCCAACCUGGAGGGCCCCGACGCGUCGGAGCUGGAGCCGCGGUCGGAGCGGUCGGCCAGCGUGGUGUCGGACGGCAGCGAGGAGGGCGGACGCGACUCGGGCAUCGAGGCGGAGCGCGAGCCCGACAUGGUAGUGCCCGACGACGACCUGAUGGCGCGCAUCGUGGCGCAGGUCGAGUUCUACUUCAGCGACGCCAGCGUGUCCAAGGACAAGUUCCUGCUCAAGCACAUCCGCCGCAACAAGGAGGGCUACGUGUCCCUCAAGCUGGUGUCGUCCUUCAAGAAGGUGAAGCAGCUGACCAAGGACUGGCGCGUGGUCGCCCACUCCCUCGCCAAGCUCUCCGCCAAGAUCCAGAUCAACGACGCCGGCUCCAAGAUCCGCCGCACGGAGCCGCUGCCCGACUUCGAGGAGGUGCCGGCCACGUGCGCCGUGCUGGCCCUCGGCCUGCCGCUCGACAAGCCCAGCAUCCAGUCCGUGUCCGAGCUCUUCGGCGCCUGCGGGGACAUCGCCUUCAUCCGCGUGCUGCGCGCCGGCACCGCCGUGCCGCAGGACCUGAAGGCGCUGUCGGCGAAGCACCCGCAGCUGGGCGAGGCCAACUGCGCGUGGGUGGAGUUCGAGGCGCCCGAGGCCGCCAAGGCCGCCCUCGAGCUCAGCAACGAGGACGGCAUGAGGGUGGUGCCCAUCCUGCCCGAGGCCAAGAAGAAGGAGGAGAAGCAGGCGGCACCGCAGAAGGGCUCGCAGCCCAACAGCCGCAAGAACAGCACGGCCGGCAGCCAGCAGUCCAAGGGGCCCGCCAGCCGCAAGAACAGCAUCGUGCAGGCCAAGGGCCGCAAGAACAGCACCAGCGGCAGCGGUUCGGACGCAGAGACGGUACAGUACAUGCGGCAGCCACGCCGCAAGUGCGUGUCUCUGCCGCAGACGCAGAGUCCCAACCUGCGCGAGCUGUCGGCAGUGGUGGAGGCGCGCAGGAAUCGCCCGAAGAGCAAGUCCUGCACGGAGUUCCCGACGGGGUCGCCGCCCAUGUCGUGGGUCCAGCGCCACCUCCUCGCCGCCGCCGCCGCCUCCGCCGCCUCCCGCCGCCCGUCGGCAGCGCUCGCCCCGACCUUCGUUCGGCCCGAGCGCGUGUCCCAAGGCUCGCUGCCCCUUCCCGAGACCGUGAUCCGCUUCCCGAAGGGCCCCGACGGCUCCCGGGGCUUCGCCCGCCGCCGCACCAGCAUCGUGGAGGAAAGCAGCUAAUCUCCGAGCUCUCAGCCGGGCAUUGUCUUGUGAUGGGGGCCGCGCCCCCCCCCCUCCCCUCGGCCGGGCGCCAAGCCGGCCGAGGGGCUCAUUCUCUCCAGCGCAUGUCCGCGCACUCGCGCAUAUCAGCGGGCAUGUGCACACUAGCCUUACGUCGUGUGCACGCGAUCAACCUAGGGCAUAUAAUGUGUAAUCUUCCCCAAUUACGUGCCUUUAGACUCUCAUCUGUGCACCUUGUAUACGCUCGCUUCUCCUCGUCCUCCUCGGACGCGGGUCUUUUGAUGUCAAACGAUUCCUGUAUUUUUUCACUCCCGAAUGAGACCCUCCCUGAGGGUGUGUGCACGAAGGCUUACUUCUUCCUUGUACAUACUGUACAGCCCGGUGUUGGGACCUGGUUACGGUGAUUCACUCUUCACUUUCUCUCUAUGACAAGUUUUUUAACUUAUUUUUUUCACAUCGAGAUUAGUUUUGUAUAUAAGCAUUAUUUAUACGAAUGUAUGUACAUAUUGUCCUAUCAUUAUUUAUUUAUACAAGUUAUUCUUAAGGCGACAAAAUAGAAUCAUUUUUGUAGAAAUUA